UUCAUCGCACGUUAACCCUCUGGUGGGCAAAAGCAAUCCACAGACCGACCGUUGUGGCGUCGCUCAUGAUCUCAGUUGUCUCGCGACGUAAACUCCCAAUUAUUAUUAUACUUUGUGGUAACUCCCCUGAGAACCUCAAGCGCACUUUGCGGGACUGUGGAAGACUGAAAAUAGAUGCACCUUCGACCGACAUAGUGGCGAGAAACCCGGAGGAUAUUAUCAGGAUACUGUUCCAGGAUACCGAAACUGAAAGGGGAAAACUGUCCCGCUAACGCGAAUACAGCUCCGCCUCACAACGUGGGUCCCUCAAAAGAAAUCUUCAAGAAAGACUCAAAUGCUCCAACAAGCACGAUAAUGUGACACGUUUUUAUUUUUAUUUUUGACGCCUGCGAUUGCAUGAACGCGACAGCAACUGGGCAACGGGUCGCGUAUGCUUUAUCGCGGCAAAUCCUCUUCCAUCAAACCGUGCCAACCAAUCAUAAUUCUAGGGAGUAAUUAGGACGUGCAGUAAGUCAACUCGACCCGUUUCUGUCAGGCUCGUGUAACCGAUUUUCCCCAGAAAUCUGUUCUGUGUCAAAAGGGACUACCUUGCAACUACCAACUACUCUCUACUGUCCCUAGCGAGAUUUCAGCCGCAUACUUCGGCAACACUGGUUGUAUUGUUAUUCCGGAUUCUGAACCAGUUCCGUUUUUGUACGGAGCACAUGGUUUUUGUGUUGUCUUGUUCUGCUCGCUUGCUUGCUCGUAUACAUUUACUUCUGCAACAUGGCAUAGCGCUUGUGCGCUUCGUUAAUAUCCUGAGUUGAAUCUGAAGAAUGUCGCGGCGCUGUGCCGUACCGCGUUGUUCGUCGCAGGGGACAACCUUUCACGCGCUUCCGAGGAGAAACCCCCGGAGACAGUUGUGGCUCGAUGCUUUGUGGCCACAAGGGAACUUACCCUACAACCUGAACAUAGUUGUGUGUAGUGAGCAUUUCACAGCGGAUUCAUUCAUAGCUAAUACGCUGAAUGUAGCGGCUGCAAAGGAAGCUGGGAUUGCGUUUUCACGGACGAGGCUGACGAGCGAUGCAGUCCCUACGCUACACUUGAAUGAGAACGACGUGCAGUAUUUUGACGAGCCCGAGAGCGAAUGCUUUGAAGCGACCGAACAGUCUCUCAGUCGCGCAUCGGAGAACGACGUCGAGUGGAUUCCUCACGGGGAUCAUACGUACUCUUUGAGCUGGGACAGCCACGGAAGCGACGACGGAAACGAUAGUACCAGUGCGAGCAGAUAUGAGGAAAGCAAUGGUGGCGAGCCAGAUCCAGACACUGUGUCGGUAUCCACUGAAACUGACGCUUCACUGAUAACCUUAAAAACUAAAGGUACACAGGUGAACUUCUGCAUCAAGGCCACAGUAGGGAUACAGGCAUACAUAUGAUCCAAGUGUAACACACGCAUGGGAAGAUGCCCUUUUGCGACUGCUACCCAUCCAGGAACUGACAACACGAGGCGAACACCGCCCAUGAAGCAGGUUCAGGGGCCCAGACUAGACUUCAAGGAACUGAUGCUGAUCAUCGAAAAAGCAGGUGCAGUAUCUUCAGAAGAGCUGACAAUUUCAUUGCAUGCAAAAGAUAGGUGCAUGGGUAUUUCACAUUCAGAAACACCAUAGCGAAAGGAGUGCCAAGUGGUAGCCAGAGAUCUGAAGAAGGAAAGAAUAUCUCUUUUUUUUGGCAUCAUGCGAGCAGUAAUGGCAAAAGGGCAAGGGUGCGGGCCAGCUGGUACAUGGUGAAAAAAUUGGAACCCGAGAAAGGGACAGAGGAGGGACGCUCCUGUGUCCCUCUGUCCCUGUCCCUCCUCUGUCCCUUUCUCGGGUUCCAAUUUUUUCAUCAUGCGAGCCUUGUGCGUAACUUGAUAUGAAUGAUGAUGUGUGACUGUGUUGGGAGCCCUGGUAUUUAAACUCUCCAGCUUCGGUCAAGUCUUCCAGCCGUGUCUGUCAUGUGAAAGGUUUAGAUACUGUAUCCCAGAGUUUGUAACACAUAUAAACACAUUUGAAACAUAAAAAUAAAAAAUAAACAUAAAAGUUUGAAGGAAGACAUUGACGAACAAGAAGCAACAGGACAAUGUCUGUGACGUGUAACCUUGGGGCUUGUCUUGUUGCUUCUUGAUCAUUGUUUUCUUCUCCCAAUCUCAAGGAAUGCAGUCUCCAUAUUGCAGUCCAUAUGCAAUCAAGCAGCGUUUGCUGCUUUUUGGUGUGCCUCCUCCAAUUGUGCUGUAGCGCAAAAGGAAAAUAAAUGGAAAUGAAAUGAAAUAUUUGGCAACUGCCCGUACCUGUGUGUAACGCACACACUUGAUUUAACUGCAUUUGCUGCCAAACAAAUUAGUGCGCAUUCCUACAGAGGUCUCGGUGAGAAUAAUUUAACGGGUAAAAAUCUGGUUUCACCAUAAAGAAGUAACCUUAAAUUCAGGGAAGAAUUGGGUUAAACCCUAAAACUUCAGGCUCUAAUAAUCAGUAAGACACUAUUUCCACAUUUUAGAAACCGGCGAUCUUUCUAGUUACCGGAACCACUCCUGCAUAAGCCGCGAAGAUGGCCCUGGACUCCGAGAGUUGUGGCCCAAUUGCAGAUCAGGGGUUACCACUGAAAGAGGGGAGCAGAGUGUAUGAAGUUGUCAGCGCCGUCAAGACUCAUCUUCAUUAGCAGCAGCGGCUUGGCCGCGACGACGACAAUGUUCUUGUUCCGCGCUGCAUGUGCAGUUGUCAUCUGGUUCUCGGUGAUGCACGACCGUCACCAGUGUGUCUCUUAGCUCCCUAUUCGGCCCGUCAACCCUUCAAACGUUAGGCUUUCUACUGUCCAGCUUCUCCCCUUCAUCUGUAUUCCUCAUCGUCACCUGUGGCCUAAGGCACCUUUAAAUAUAUUAUGCAUAAGCAUCCGCUUUCUCGGUCUCAAUAAUUCUGUCUGGGCAAAGGGGCUCUUCGACUGCGAGGCGUCAGCGGCACUUCUCGUCAGCCGGCUUCACCUGGUAAGACUCCCGGUUUAACCGUAUCUUGCCUUAUAUGGCGCAGCCUCCCCCUUAUUUUGCCUGACAUGGUGCAGUCGACAAACCGAUGGAAGGUAAUACAGUUUCCGAGGAUGAACAACAUGGAAUUCACAACGUCUCCGUAAGCCUUGCGUUCGAUUUAGGCUUAGUCUCCUUCUGACUCUACAACUUGUUCUGCUAACCUUUGGAUUUGUCCCUCAACGGAAGAGACCUGCAUCCGCAAAAUGGAAGGCACGAACAGCCCGAGGUUGAUGAGGCUUCUUCUUCGCCCAUCACAAGAGUUGUUUGCGGAAUGUACUGCACGUGGUAUUGUUCUGCCGGAGAAUGCCGAAGGACGCGACGCUGCUAUGGUCCUCUAUCUCGACGAAGAUAAGGCGCCCGAACCGGAAGACAAAGAAUUCCAGUCAUCCGAUGAUAUCAAGGAGGACGACAGGAAGCCAACAGACGAAUCAAGUAAGAAGAUUCCAGAUCAUUGUCCGAAUCCAGUCACAAUGGAUCAACUUGCCGAGGUUUUCAAACGAGUAUUCUCAGUUCCCCAGAGAUUGGUGACAACCCCGGACUUAACUCAAACCUUGAAUACCUUUUCGGCACGACCCCGCGAUAACUUCCGUCCGUGGCUUACAUCAGUCGAAACCUUACGAAUACAGUACGGAAUCAUACUGCCCUAGCAAUAGCUAAAAGCAAACUCCGUGGCGCUGCUAAAGAUUGGAGUGACGGAUCAGGAAAGAACAUCUCCACGUGGGAUAAAUGGAUCAAGAGCUUUAAGGAGCAAUUUGGUUACGACCCUGACCUACCUGAUUGGACGCGUGACUGCGAAAGCAGAACGCAAAGAUCAGAAGAAUCUAUCAGUGACUACAUCCAUGCUAAACUCAAAAUACUUUCUAGAUGUCCUUACGAACUCAGAGAGCGUGACAAGAUCCGCUACAUCACAAUGGGCGUUCGCAACGAAGCAACAAGGACAAGCAUGACGUCCUACUUCAUGUCAACCAAAUGCGACUGUUUGGAUUUGGUGAAACUUGGUCGCCAAAUUGAACCCCCGGAUCACCAAAGGGAACAUCAAAAUCAACAUCUUGGAGCCAAGCCGAAGGCAUACACCGACAGGCAAGACCACUACUAUGGAAAUAAGCCCAGCCCAUACUCUAAAUACAAACAUCGAGGAGGUGGUGAGAAAGAUUCUUCUAUGAUGCAGCAUAAGGCAGAUAAACCAAAAUCCUCCCACAGUAACGACGGUCAUAAGGAGAAAAAGCAUAACUACAGUGCCUCCGUAAAGCAAAAACUCCCGUCUAGUCAUCCUGUUAGACCGUCAUCCCAGUACUCAUAAGCGACCACAUGGUCGAUGGCUUAGUCGACACAGGAGCGGACAUCUCUAUUUUGAGAAACAAGGAAGCAGAAUUAUGGGGUCUUCACGUGAUACCUUGGUCAGGUGAAGCGAUGGUAGCCGUCGAUAAUGAAUCCUCACCUCUUGGAGAGGCCAUCGUCGAAGUAAAGAUAGCGAAUACUUUGGUUCGCCUACGAGUUGCAGUCGUUAAUGACCUUGUUUAUCCCUUCCUGCUUGGAAGCGAUUGGCGUACCUCUGCAAAUCUUGGAAUCUUGGUGUGGCCUGACGGACAUGUCACCCUUCAACCACCCGGAAGAUCCAACAACCAGGCUCCCAUCAGCAUGUUUCUGGUCAAGGAACCCGUGACCCACAUCGCAGGAGCUCUUCCUUCUCUCGCCGAUGAAGCCCAGACUAUUCAAGACAUGGUCUUCUUCAACAGCACCUCUACCCCGACCACCGACAUCUUCAGCCCGUGGAAGAAAGUCUUGAGCGAUGACAGCGCUGGACCAGUCAAGGAGCAGCCACGUGAAACGUCACACGACAAUGCACCAGCACCCCUGCCACCCAGCCAAUUCUCGCCUAGGAAGUGUCCAUUCCCUCUAUUCCCCGGCACCAGCAUUGUGGUUCCCCAAGAGAACAUUACGCCUCUGCCAGCCACAUGCAAGGCCAAGCCUUCAAGGUCAAACCCUACAAGCUCUUCACCGACAACGCCUAACAUCGCAAGCGACUCUUUCAAGGUGAAUGAGUACAAUAGUGAAUGUGCGUACGCAGACGAACUUCAUUCUACACAUCCUAAGGCAUGUCAGACUACCAAUCACUCAGUGUCCGCAAAUAACGCACAUAACAAUGUAGACUCAUCCGACCUAUUACUUGUCAACACUAUCAACGUCAGUGACCUCAUUCCUUUAGACCAAAUCAUUGUUCGGGAAGCUAACGAGAAGUCGGAAAUCCCUCACUCUGAUAUCUUGACCUACCUGGAAAACCUGCAAGAUAAGGUUACAUCUGAUAUUAAUGAUACUCAGCUCACCAAGCUUCAAGACAUAAUCUUAAAACACACUAACGUCUUCUCCAAGCAGAAGUACGAUAUUAGGUUUCUGUCCCAAAACCGAGCAUUGUAUCGACCUAUCUGACAACAUCCCUGUACGUGUCAAGUCCUAUCACUACUCUUGGGCUGACAGAAAGUUUAUCAAAGAAGAAAUUGAUAACUGGUUCAAGCUAGGUCUUGUACGGAAGUCCGAAUCUCAUUAUGCUUCGCCAGUUUUUGUUGUUGACCAACCCUUUCACCCUUCAACACCACGCAGACGUGUUGUAGAUUACCGCAAGUUAAAUGGCAAAACAGUAAAACAGGUAUACAGCAUGCCGCGCAUUGAUGACACCGUUGACAGAAUUGGAAAAGGAAAGUACUUUUCUACCAUGGACGUUAAAAAGGGUUACCUCAACAUCAAAAUAAGAGAUACUGAUCAACACAA